UGAAAAAACUUCCUGACUUGGCUGGUUGUAACGUCGAGCAAUCCAUCUUUCGUAAAAAAAAUAGUUAUAUAUGGAAAAAUAACCUAUAGAAAACUAGCACAGGUAUACCUUAUUUAUCAGAGCGUUUUCUAAGACUUGUCUCAGCUAAACUGUUACCUUCUUCAGCUUAAGGGAGACUAGCUAAAAUAGCUGCCAUUGCACUGGUUGUUGUUUUCGGUCAGAGGCCAUGAUGGCGUCGAGCUACAACGCGAAGGAGGAAGACGGUCACGUCGCCGUAUCUGGUGGUGGGACCAUCAAGAAUAAAAAGCCCGAAAACACAGCGUUUAAACAACAACGAUUACCUGCUUGGCAACCCAUUCUGACAGCUGGCACAGUUCUCCCAGCUUUCUUCGUUAUCGGUCUCAUCUUCAUCCCUAUUGGGAUCGGACUCUACGUCACGUCCAACAACAUCAAGGAGUUCGAGGUAAGGGGGUUGGUUGUCACUAGUUACCACUAGUCUGGGUACCAGUCUUUAGCUAACAUUCCACUGCUUGCUAUUGCCAAAGUGACUGGCCUUUCGGCAGUCUCAACGUGCAGUUUGAUUUGCGGCGGAGUUGCACAUUGGUUGUUGGAAAUAACAUUCAAGUAAUAUUUUCCAUGACAUAUGAAGCCUCAAAAACAAACAUUCAGCUAUUAAAUAGGCAAGUUGUUGUAUUUUGAUGCUUAAAGUGGAACUGACAGCGUUUUAACUACUUUGCAGAUAUGAAACAGACAAUCAUAUCAGUCAAAUAUCAAAAUCUCAGUAUAUGCUUCAAAACCAACUUUUAUAAGAGGUUUUAAAAAUAGAUUAUGUUUGAUUCAAAAUUCCAUUAUAUAGAGUAAGGCAUUGUUGUUAAGGCAUUGUUGUUGGCAGAAUAGAUGGAUGCAGUUACAUGCAUGAUUAAUAUAAUUCACCAAUACAUUUCUUGGUUGUCCAAUAUAAAUAUUGCUAUCAGGUUCUAAAUCACAGCUAGCCUUCCUAAUUGACCUGGCCCAGGUAUCCUGGAUGGAUAUAGAUCUCAUUCCGUCAGUAGAGGAUGCCUGGUUGUUCUUUAAAAGUAAUUUCCUCUCAAUCUUAAAUAAACAUGCCCCAUUCAAAAAAUACAGAACUAAGAACAGAUAUAGCCCCUGGUUCUCCUCAGACUUGACUGCCCUUGACCAGCACAAAAACAUCCUGUGGCGUACUGCAUUAGUAUCAAAUAGCCCCCGCGAUAUGCAACUUUUCAGGGAAGUUAGGAACCAAUAUACACAAGCAGUCAGGAAAGCAAAGGCUAACUUUUUCAAACAGAAAUUUGCAUCCUGUAGCACUAACUCCAAAAAGUUUUGGGGCACUGUAAAGUCCAUGGAGAAUAAGAGCACUUCAUCCCAGCUGCCCACUGCACUGAGGCUAGGAAACACUAUCACCACCGAUAAAUCUACAAUAAUCGAGAAUUUCAACAAGCAUUUUGCUACGGCUGGCCAUGCUUUCCACCUGGAUACCAGUACCCCGGCCACCAACUCUGCACCCUCUGCUGCAACUUGCCCAUGCCCCCCCCGAUUCUCCUUCACACAAAUUCAGACAGAUGAUGUUCUGAAAGAGCUGCAAAAUCUGGACCCCUACAAAUCAGCUGGGCUAGACAAUCUGGACCCUUUCUUUCUAAAACUAGCUGCCGAAAUUGUCGCAACCCCUAUUACUAGCCUGUUCAACCUCUCUUUCGUAACGUCUGAGAUCCCCAGAGAUUGGAAAGCUGCCGCGGUCAUCCCCCUCUUCAAAGGGGGUGACACUCUAGAUCCAAACUGUUACAGACCUAUAUCCAUCCUGCCCUGCCUUUCGAAAGUAUUUGAAAGCCAAGUUAACAAACAGAUCACCGACCAUUUCGAAUCCCACCGUACCUUCUCCGCUAUGCAAUCCGGUUUCCGAGCUAGUCAUGGGUGCACUUCAGCCACGCUCAAGGUCCUAAAUGAUAUUAUAACCGCGAUCGAUAAUAGACAGUACUGUGCAGCCGUCUUCAUCGACCUGGCCAAGGCUUUCGACUCUGUCAACCACCGCAUUCUUAUUGGCAGACUAAAUAGCCUUGGUUUCUCAAAUGACUGCCUCGCCUGGUUCACCAACUACUUCUCAGAUAGAGUUCAAUGUGUCAAAUCGGAGGGCCUGUUGUCUGGACCUAUGGCAGUCUCUAUGGGGGUGCCACAGGGUUCAAUUCUUGGGCCGACUCUUUUCUCCGUGUAUAUCAAUGAUGUCGCUCUUGCUGCUGGUGACUCUCAGAUCCACCUCUACGCAGACGACACCAUUUUGUAUACAUCUGGCCCUUCAUUGGACACUGUGUUAACAAACCUCCAAACGAGCUUCAAUGCCAUACAACACUCCUUCAGUAGCCUCCAACUGCUCUUAAACACUAGUAAAACUAAAUGCAUGCUCUUCAAUCGAACGCUGCUGGCACCCGCCCACCCGACUAGAAUCACCACUCUCGACGGGUCUGACCUAGAGUAUGUGGACAACUACAAAUACCUAGGUGUCUGGUUAGACUGUAAACUCUCCUUCCAGACUCACAUUAAGAAUCUCCAAUCCAAAGUUAAAUCUAGAAUCGGCUUCCUAUUUCGCAACAAAGCCUCCUUCACUCAUGCUGCCAAACAUGCCCUCGUAAAACUGACUAUCCUACCGAUCCUUGACUUCGGCGAUGUCAUUUACAAAAUAGCCUCCAACACUCUACUCAGCAAAUUGGAUGUAGUCUAUCACAGUGCCAUCCGUUUUGUCUCCAAAGCCCCAUACACUACCCACCACUGUGACCUGUACGCUCUUGUUGGCUGGUCCUCACUACAUGUUCGUCGUCAAACCCACUGGCUCCAGGCCAUCUAUAAAUCACUGCUAGGCAAAUCCCCGCCUUAUCUUAGCUCAUUGGUCACCAUAGCAGCACCCACCCGUAGUCUGCGCUCCAGCAGGUAUAUCUCACUGGUCAUUCCCAAAGCCAACACCUCCUUUGGCCGCCAUUCCUUCCAGUUCUCUGCUGCCAAUGACUGGAACGAAUUGCAAAAAUCUCUGAAGCUGGAGACUCUUAUCUCCCUCACUAACUUUAAGCAUCAGUUGUCAGAGCACCUUACCGAUCACUGCACCUGUACACAGCCCAUCUGAAAUUAGCCCACCCAACUACCUCGUCCCUAUAUUGUUAUUUAUUUUGCUCUUUUACACCCCAGUAUCUCUAUUUGCACAUCAUCUCUUUUACAUCUAGCAUUCCAGUGUUAAUACUAAUUGUAAUUAUUUUGCACUAUAGCCUAUUUAUUGCCUUACCUCCAUAACUUGCUACAUUUGCACACACUGUAUAUAUAUUUUCAGUUGUUUUUUUUGACUUUAUGUUUUUUUUACCCCAUAUGUAACUCUGUGUUGUUGUUUUUAUCGCACUGCUUUGCUUUAUCUUGGCCAGGUCGCAGUUGUAAAUGAGAACUUGUUCUCAAUUGGCUUACCUGGUUAAAUAAAGGUGAAAUAAAAAAUAAAAAUAAAAUUGUUUGCUGCCUCCACCCAUUCGAGAUGUACUGUUUCAGUUUCAAUGACUCAAUAUUUUGAACAAAAACGGACGAUUUAAAAUAAGUCUGGGAAAGUUAUUACAAUCAGACUAACAAGGGCAAUGAUCACAAGUCAGUCAUAACGUGGCUAAUGGGCUAGCGCACGUGUCAAACACAAGGCCCGCGGGCCGAAUAGGACACACAAUGGAGCAUAAAUGAGCCAACAGUUGAGUCAUCUACUUUAUGAAAUUACAGCCUGAUGCGCUCACAUAGGUGAAUUCAACUUCCAUUGCACUGCUUUCGUGAGUCCUGUUUACAGCAUGCAGUGGAGGGAAAGUGUACAGACAAAUGCAGUCCUAGCUAGGCUACUAAAAUGUUGCAGUGUGGCUUCAAUAUUUAAAGCUUGACAAUCAAUAACCAAAAAACUAAACCUGCAACAAAACAUGUAGGCCUAUUACAGCAACAUUUGAGCAGCAAUGCUGCAUUCAACUGCACCAGUGAUCCAUGCAGUGCAAAAAAAAUGUAAAACAUGUUUUAAGUUUAAAUGUUACAACAAAACUAUUGCUAAGUUUUUGUUUUUGGGAAUUAUUAAAUACUUUUUUAUUAGGGUCGCAGCAUAUUAUGCACAUCUGCAAGCAUAGCAGCAAAGGCUGGACAAAUAUUAUAAUUUAUUUUGUUUUAAUAUGCUAAAAUGCUAUAUACAGCAUCCUAUGUACAUACGUGGACAUUAUAAAGGGCCAUAUUUUUCUAAUAAAUCAAUGGCCAGUUUUAGUUGCAGUUGCACGUUUUUUUGUAAAAACAAAUAGGCUAUGUCUGGCCCGCGAAUUCAGUGUGUCUUUUCAAUAUGGCCGUGCGCUGAUUGAGUUUAACACCCCGGGCUAGUGUAUCUAUUUAUGUAGCUAGCUAUUUAUUUAGCAAGCUAAAAACAUGGGGACUAACGUUAGCUAGCUAGCUGCUGGGAGGAUGUCAUUGGAAGAGUGGGUGAGUGACCGACUUUUUCCCCUCAUAUGUUUUUUCGGUGGCUACGGAUAAAGAUACAGGUGUCAUUCAGUUAGCUAGCAAGAAAUGUGAAUUGCUUUGCUAGCUACAGUGAGGGAAAAAAGUAUUUGAUCCCCUGCUGAUUUUGUACGGUUGCCCACUGACAAAGACAUGAUCAGUCUAUAAUUUUAAUGGUAGGUUUAUUUGAACAGUGAGAGACAGAAUAACAACAAAAAAAUCCAGAAAAACGCAUGUCAAAAAUGUUAUAAAUUGAUUUGCAUUUUAAUGAGGGAAAUAAGUAUUUGACCCCUCUACAAAACAUGACUUAGUACUUGGUGGCAAAACCCUUGUGGGCAAUCACAGAGGUCAGACGUUUCUUGUAGUUGGCCACCAGGUUUCCACAAAUCUCAGGAGGGAUUUUGUUCCACUCCUCUUUGCAGAUCUUCUCCAAGUCAAUAAGGUUUUGAGGCUGACGUUUGGCAACUCGAACCUUCAGCUCCCUCCACAGAUUUUCUAUGGGAUUAAGGUCUGUGGAGACUGGCUAGGCCACUCCAGGACCUUAAUGUGCUUCUUCUUGAGCCACUCCUUUGUUGCCAUGGCCGUGUGUUUUGGGUCAUUGUCAUGCUGGAAUACCCAUCCACGACCCAUUUUCAAUGCCCUGGCUGAGGGAAGGAGGUUCUCACCCAAGAUUUGACGGUACAUGACCCCGUCCAUCGUCCCUUUGAUGCAGUGAAGUUGUCCUGUCACCUUAGCAGAAAAACACCCCCAAAGCAUAAUGUUUCCACCUCCAUGUUUGACGGUGAGGAUGGUGUUUACAUUGACAUUUACAUUUUAGUCAUUUAGCAGACGCUCUUAUCCAGAGCGACUUACAGUUAGUGAAUACAUAUAUAUAUAUAUAUUUUAUACUGGCCCCCCGUGGGAAACGAACCCACAACCCUGGCGUUGCAAACGCCAUGCUCUAUCAACUGAGCUACAUCCCUGCCGGCCAUUCCCUCCCCUACCCUGGACGACGCUGGGCCAAUUGUGCGCCGCCCAUGAGUCUCCCGGUCGCGGCCGGCUGCGACAGACCCUGGAUUCGAACCAGGAUCUCUAGUGCCUUAGACCAUUGCGCCACUCAGGAGACCUUGGGGUCAUAGGCAGCAUUCCUCCUUCUCCAAUCACAGUGAGAUGAGUUGAUGCCAAAGAGCUCGAUUUUGGUCUCAUCUGACCACACUUUCACCCAGUUCUCCUCUGAAUCAUUCAGAUGUUCAUUGGCAAACUUCAGACGGCCCUGUAUAUGUGCUUUCUUGAGCAGGGGGACCAUGCGGGCGCUGCAGGAUUUCAGUCCUUCACGGCGUAGUGUGUUACCAAUUGUUUUCUUGGUGACUAUGGUCCCAGCUGCCUUGAGAUCAUUGACAAGAUCCUCCCGUGUAGUUCUGGGCUGAUUCCUCACCGUUCUCAUGAUCAUUGCAACUCCACGAGGUGAGAUCUUGCAUGGAGCCCCAGGCCGAGGGAGAUUGACAGUUAUUUUGUGUUUCUUCCAUUUGCGAAUAAUCGCACCAACUGUUGUCACCUUUUCACCAAGCUGCUUGGCGACAGUCUUGUAGCCCAUUUCAGCCUUGUGUAGGUCUACAAUCUCGUCCCUGACAUCCUUGGAGAGCUCUUUGGUCUUGGCCAUGGUGGAGAGUUUGGAAUCUGAUUGAUUGAUUGCUUCUGUGGACCGGUGUCUUUUUUAUACAGGUAACAAACUGAGAUUAGGAGCACUCCCUUUAAGAGUGUGCUCCUAAUCUCAGCUCGUUACCUGUAUAAAAGACACCUGGGAGCCAGAAACCUUUCUGAUUGAGAGGGGGUCAAAUACUUAUUUCCCUCAUUAAAAUGCAAAUCAAUUUAUAACAUUUUUGACAUGCGUUUUUCUGGAUUUUGUUGUUGUUAUUCUGUCUCUCACUGUUCAAAUAAACCUCCCAUUAAAAUUAUAGACUGAUCAUUUCUUUGUCAGUGGGCAAACGUACAAAAUCAGCAGGGUAUCAAAUAUUUUUUUCCCUCACUGUAUGCUGAAAUUGAAUGACUGCUAUCCUUAGUUAGCAUAUCUCUUAGUUGUUAAUCAAAUGUAUUUGGCAUUGAUCAAAUGGUCAGGCAGGCAGGCAAGUUCCCAUUCAGUUGUAAAACGUGGGUUGGGCAAAGAAUGCAUUGGCAGGCAAGCUGCAGAAGGACGAGCAGGCUACCAUUCCCCAUCGUUUCAGUACAAUUUUGACGGUGAACUAGUUGAAAGAGUUUGAGAGUUUAUCUAAUGUUCCCUCUUUAGAUUUUAGCUUAUCUCACUCUGGCUAGCAUUAGUUGUUGAUCUUGUUGUUGAUGUGCAUAGGCAACUAAGGGAGAGAGCCUACCUUUUCAUGUUUUUAUAAUCAAUAGGACUGUUAAGUUCCCAAAUGUAAGAGGACUCCCUUGGUAUUUACAUAUUUGCAGAAAUCCAUUCAGGUGGCUUUUGGCGAAUACAUUCUAAUGAUCUAAAGUCGCGCUGUUGCUAUUGCCUGUAAACACACAGUCCAGUUCAAAGUGAAUGAGGUCCGUGUAGCAAAUGGCUUAUUUGCAUAUUGACCUACUGAAGCUCUGAUUGGCUAAUAUCACUGGUCUGCGUAGAUUCCGGCCCUGGACAAGACUGAUGUUUUAUUUACUGCAGUGUCUAUUAAUUUUGCAAACGUAAGGCCACUUUCCCACUCUAUAUUACUAUAGAAUUCUCACAAAUGCCUUACUAUAAGUAAUUCCCAAACAUUCUGAAUUUAUGACAAUGUGAAAAUGACCAUAUCUAAGUGCUCUCUUGCCGGUAAAAAAAAAAAAAAAGGUGUCAUAUUCUUCCUUGGGGUGUAUAUGAACAGAUUUUUAUAAGAUUUAAUGUUGCUAAAAUGCUGUCAGUUCCACUUUAAAAUCAAAGCAUGGAUGUUUUCUGGUUGGAAUUGCAGUAUGCAGGUUGAGAAUUUAGACUUUUGACAGACUGGUUUCCUCUGUUCUCCUCAAGCUCAUUAUUAUAGAAUGUUCAUAUCUGAAAAUGGCAGAAAGGCCAGUCUGUUUGGCAGUAACAAGGAGUGGAAUGUUAGCUAAAGAGACUGGUUCUCAGGCGGUUACCACAGCCACAAAGUUAAAAUUGGCUAUAAUUAAACAAAAUCAUAAACAAAAAUGUGCUUUUUUGUCUUAAUUUAAAGCUGCAAUAUGUAACUUUUGGGUGACCUGACCAAAUUCACACAGAAAUGUAUGUUGUAGAUCUGUCAUUCUCAUUGAAAGCAAGUUUUUAAGAAGCAGUAGAUAUGUUCUAUGUGCGCUAUUUCUAUGCUUCCCGUUCUUAAGUUUAGAUUUUGCAUCUUACUUUUGGUUUUGUACACCAGCUUCAAACUGCUGAAAAUACAAUAUUUUUGGUUAUUGAAAAUAUUAUUUCACAGCGGUUUGAUGGUACAAUGAUUCUCUACACUAUACUUGCUUGUUAAGUGUAGAGAUUCAUUGCAACAGACUGCUGCAACCUGAUUGGCUGAACACUAUGCGCAACAUCCGGGACUAGCAUUCCUAAGCAUUAGCCACUCUAGCAUGGUGGUGGAAAAUUGUGUUUCAUAAAGAAAGUAAGCAUAUUUUCCCUGUUUCCAGUUGCAAGGGGUCCAUUUGAGUUUUGGAAAAUGCGUCAUUAUUAAAAUAAAAAAAAUGUUUGCUCCAUGAAGUAAUCCAACAGUGUGUAUGCCUCCAUCUUGUCUAUUUAAAAUCUUCUCUCAUUGAUCGAGACAGAUUUUACAUUUACAUUUUUAGUCAUCUGUCAUCAUGACAUAUUGCACUUUGGGGUGGACCCACCUGUCUCAAUCAAUGAGAGAAGACUUGAAAUAGACAAGAUGGCGGCAUACACAUAGUCAGAUUACUUCAUGGAGCAAAACUUUGGGGACCCCAGCUACUUUUUUAUUUGACACAUUUCCUUGUUUGAACCUUUACCAUUUUUAGCCUCAUAAUAUUUACGAUUUACUUGUAUAUAUGCUUCUACCACAGUUUUUCAUGAUUGGUAUCAAUAAAAAAUAUAAACUUGAACAAGUCCUACCAAGGUUAUUAUGGAUUUGAUGCCAGGUGCACCAUUGAAAUAAUGUUAAUGGACCUCAUCAGUCCCCCUGAGAGGCAGCAGAUUGCUAGCUAUUUGGAAAUUAUGUUUGGAUGUUCACAUUUCAUUACAGAUUGAUUAUACUGGGACUGACAUGUCCAGCCCAUGCUUCGACUGCUCCCAGAACUUUAGUUGGAACAGCACAAGACCAUGCACCUGUGCAUUGCCCUUCUCUCUGGAACAGCCUUUUGAAGUAAGUCUAAAGCAUGAUGUCUCAAAUUCACUCAGUUUGUGCUGUAUUCAUAGGUUGCACCUCGGUCACUUGGUCGCGUCAUGCAGUUGUUAUGAACUUUCUCAAGCCGCCCUCUACCGGCGACGCCAUAGUGGUGCCCUAAAGUGGUGAAAAACCCAGUCAUUCUGGACGGAGGCUAACUACUAUUUCGUCUAAAUUACACUAUAGUUCCUGGAAAUACGAUGACAUUGUUAAAGUAGUCCAAAUAUUUAGUAGGAAACAACUUUGCCAUCAUUAUCAUGUCGUCAAAUUGACUUUAGACAGAGGACAAUGUAGUCAUUAGCUAGCAAAGUUCGUCAAGAAUAGUUCGCAAUGCUAACGUUAGCUAGCUAAAUCCGGUAGCCUCACCUUAAUCUUAGCUAGCUAGCUAACGUUAUACUGCAUAUAAAGUCAAUCUGGCGACAUCAAAAUGAUGACAAAAGGUUUUCAUACUAGUUAUGUCUCCUUUUGAAUGUAAUUCUAUUUCCAAGCCACUGUAAUGCGCUUUUGAUGAAAUCUUCAUCAGCGCUCAUUGACGAUGCAUUGAGUAGAAUGCUCAGUCGGACACCAGUCCAAAACGAACGUUCAAAACAAUAUUGUGAUGAAACAUGCAACCCAUAAAUACAGGUACCCUUCAAUUGAAAAUAGAUCAUCAUAAACAUGUAAUAGUAUUUUGUCUCAACAGAGCAAUGUCUUUAUGUAUUAUGGCCUGUCCAACUUCUACCAAAAUCACCGGCGCUAUGUCAAGUCCAGGGAUGACAGCCAACUGAAUGGAGACCCCACCUCUCUAAUGGUACGUAUUAUGAACAGGGGUUCAGUACAAAUAUAACAUUUUGACACUGCAUUCCUGAAUAUCUGCAAUGACUUUUGACUGAUCAUCAUCAACUUUAUAUGUUCAGUUAUUUGGCAUAUCCAUCAAAUUGUCAAGAUGUCAUGUUCUGUGCAAUGACCUACAUGUAACAUUACCUGUCUGCUUGCAAUGUCCACAGAACCCUAGUAAGGAGUGUGAGCCCUACGCUCGCAAUGAAAAAAUGCCCAUUGCGCCAUGUGGUGCCAUCGCCAACAGCAUGUUUAAUGGUAAGACAGUUCUGUCCUUUUUAGAUCAUAAUUACAAGGAUUGCAAUAAGAGCAGCUCUGUUUAGUCAUGAUCUCUAUCCUCACAGACACUUUGGAGCUGUAUUACAUUGACCCUAAUGGCACAAGAAUCCAAAUUCCUCUGAUGAAGAAGGGCAUCGCUUGGUGGACAGACAAGCAUGUGAAGUUCAGGAACCCAGGAGGCAACCCCAACCUCACAAGUGCUUUCCAAGGUGAGCAAGCAUUCAGCAGAAUUGUUACCAUUGAAGUUGAUAAGGAGUCUCACUGUCUUUUCCUAGGAAACUCACUGUCAUUUCCUCCCAUAGGAACAACCAAGCCGAUCAACUGGCGCAAGCCUGUCUAUGAGCUGGACACAGACGCUGAAAAUAAUGGCUUCAUCAAUGAGGACUUUAUUGUGUGGAUGCGCACAGCUGCCCUCCCCACCUUCCGUAAGCUGUACCGUAUUAUCCAGAAGAAGAACAACAUGACGCCGACUCUUCCCCGGGGCAACUACACCCUGGAAGUCACCUACAGUAUCCUUUCACAGGCAGCUGUUCAAAUGAUACAGCUUUACUGGAAGUUUGGGUUUGUGGAAUGAUAGCUUGUGAUGUUAAUAUUCAUUUUUCAAAUCAGUCAUUGUCAUAAUAGGUCAGACAGACCAGGUCGAUGUUCAGCCGUGCGCAGUAGGGGGCCGUUCCUUCACUUGCUAUAACAAUAGGUACCACCUGCUGGAUGCCGAUGAAUGCUGGCUUUCUUCGUCGUUUCCACUAAUGUAGACUAACAUAUUCAUAAUGAGUCCACAUGUUUUUUUUUAUGAUACCCUAAGAUCUUUGUUGCUAAAGAGUUCUUUGGUUAGUCAAAUGUUAAAUGGGUCUGAAGUUGAACAUUUAAAAAAAAUCUUCCUUAAUGAGUUGAUCCCAGACUAUCCUGUUCGUAGCUUUGAGGGGAGGAAGCGUGUGAUCCUGAGCACCAUCUCCUGGAUGGGGGGCAAGAACCCUUUCCUGGGCAUCGCCUACAUCACUGUGGGCUCCGUCUGCUUCUUCCUGGGGGUGGUCCUCCUCAUCAUCCACCACAAAUAUGGCAGCCGCAACAACAGUGCUGAUAUCUCUAACUAAAGAUGUCCUGUAUGUAUGUUGCAUGCUGGCUAGCAGAGGAAGCGUGCAUAACCAGAGGUGAAUUACAAGCUCUGGUGGUACCCUUGUGUCUGGCUUAUGUACUAUAUGUAAGAAUGGCCUGCUUGUCAAAAGUGCUGUGCAAGGAUUGGAAGAGGAAAGAUGUCAGGUGAGAGUUCCGAUAAAGUAGAAGUUCUCUCGUAUUUAUUUUUCAUGGUCAGAAAGCUAUGCAGUUAUGUAGGCGGUUUUGCUGUGAAGUCGUUGUAUUGGCAGUAAGUUGAAAUUGAAUGACGCUACAUCGAUGUGAAAAUUCUAGUGCAGAUAAGUUUUAAUGUAGAAAUAUGUGUAUGUCAGUCAUAGAUGUUUACUUCUAUAUUAAUAAAUUAUUUAAAAGAAUGUUUCAAUACAGUCAAGCAAAUCUGAACUGUCCUUUAGGUUAGAAUUGCUUCAAGAGUCAAGGCUGUAGACUUUUUCUUAGAAGUAUGUUGUGUGUUACAGUACAGUAGUUUGAGUCACAUUUUUCUGGUGUGUUUACACUGCAGAUAGGGGUCUAUAGAUUGCACAAGGAUGUGCACUCAUUUUCAGGUCAAGUAUUAUGGAUUGAUUGCAAUGUAUGUACUUCUAUUCUCAGUACAGUGGCUUGCAAAAGUAUUCACCCCCCU